UUGUCCCCGGUGGCGGAUGUGACUCUAUCCUGUGCUUGUAAUUCUUCUAUGUAAACACCGUAUUAAGUUUUUUUAAUAUCUAUCGAGGGAGUGAUAAGACUGAAGCAUUGUCAGUGAUGGAAAGCUUAGAAAAUCUUCCAACAGAACUGCAGCGAAACUUCCACUUAAUGAGAGACCUGGACCAACGCUCACAGGAUGUCAUGCGUAACAUUGACCAGAUUUCCGACGAUUACCUGAGUACGGUGAAAGGGCUGAGUCCGGAGAAGAGAUCGGAGCAGAUGAGCAAAAUACAGAAGAUGUUCAACCGGGCCAAAGAGUACAGCGAUGAUAAGGUGCAGCUGGCCAUACAGACCUACGAGUUGGUG